AUGGUACCCAAUUCUCAUUCCACACGAAUAUCAGAAUUAUUGGACACAAUCAGAGCUGAUUUUGAUCAACUAACUCAAGAAGCCUAUAUUUGUAGAAAUCAACGUGAUGAAUAUGAAAGCAAGCUUGCUCAUCAAAUUAAAGAAAUGCAUAAAUUUCAACAAGGUAUACUAGAUCUAGAAAGAAAUCAACAAAAAGUGAAAAAACAAUAUGAAGAGGAGAUUGCAAGAUUAAGACAACAAUUGGAGCAACAACAACAACCACAGAAAAGAACAAGUCAAAGUAACCCAGAACAACAGCCACCACCCAAUAUUGGUGGAACAAGUCAUUUUACUGGUAUCAUAAAUACAAACAAUUCAACUUACAAAACCUCUUAUAAUCAAUUAAUACAACACGUUAUUAAACAAUCAACAGCUAAUCCUCAAUCAGUAUCGUCUAUUACUUUAACUGAUAUUGAUCCUAGCACUGUUCCUGACCAUAUGAAGGUAGAGGGAGCUGAUUGGUUUGUGUUAUUUAAUCCUACAAUCCCAAGAUCAUUAAAAAUCAAUUUAAUUCACUCCUUUGACCAUAAAAGUGUUGUUUGUUGUGUCAAGUUUAGUAUGGAUGGAAGAUAUUUAGCUGCUGGAUGUAAUCGAUAUACCUAUAUUUAUGACGUUGCAAGUAGUCAAAAGAUUUGUACACUUUAUGAUGAAACAAUCUCUCAAGAAAAUGAUCUUUAUGUUCGAUCUGUUAGUUUUAGUCCAGACAGUCGAUUGAUUGCUACAGGUGCAGAAGAUAAACAAAUCAGGAUUUGGGAUAUACAAACGAGACGAAUUAGAAACACAUUACAUGGACAUGAACAAGAUAUUUAUUCACUUGAAUUUAGUCGAGAUGGCCGUAUCUUAGUAUCAGGCUCAGGGGAUCGUACAACAAGAGUUUGGGAUAUGGCAGAUGGAACUUGUCAACAUGUUUUACAUGUUACAGAUGCUGGCCAAAAGGAUCCAGGUGUCACGAGUGUAGCACUUUCUCAUGAUGGUCGUUUAGUAGCUACAGGAAGUUUAGAUAAGAUGGUACGUAUUUGGGACACCCACACAGGACUAUUGAUGGAACAAUUAGAAGGUCAUCAUGAUAGUGUUUACUCUGUUGCUUUCAUGCCAAAUAGUACAGAGCUUAUUAGUGGUAGUUUAGACAAGACGAUUAAAUUAUGGAAAUUAGGAACACGAUUUGGUCCAAAUAAUAGUGAUAAAAAUCCAUGUAAAAGAACUUUUACAGGCCACAAGGAUUUUGUGUUAUCUAUUGCUUGUUGUUUUGAUGGUAAAUGGAUUGUAUCAGGCUCAAAGGAUCGUACAAUCCAAUUUUGGGAUCCAAACACAGGUCAACCUCAUAUGAUGCUUCAAGGACAUAAGAAUUCAGUUAUUUCUGUUGCUGUUGCUAUGGAUGGUAGACCCCUAUUUGCAUCUGGUUCGGGUGACAAUACUGCUCGAAUUUGGAGCUACUCUUAG